AGUACGGAGUAUUUGAGAGCAAACCAAAACGCCACUUCCCAGUGGUCUCCAGUCUCCACUGAUAAUCCGGCUCGCACGGUCGCACCCUAAAUCCCAGAUUCCGUUCUCCGUUAUCCCUCUCCGCUGCUCAGUUUCUAUCCCAUCUCGGCCUAUGCAGACUACUCGCCGCUGCUCUUCUCGGUUUCUUGUUCAACCUGCCCAGUCAUAGGUUUGCUCCAAAAAUAUCUUGGAUGGCUUCUAUAGAUGUUGUUAUUUCUUCUGACGAUUCUAGUGAAGAUUCAGAGUUACGAGCAAUCGAUGAAUACAGAGAUGAGUCACCUACAAGGGACUCUGCAUCUUCUGCUUCUAGAAUUCUUCCACCAUGGGCUUCGGUUCACAGCCGUCCUUUUGCAACGGACCCUUCUCCAAAGAGAAGAUCCUUUGCAAAUGGAAGCUCUUCUACUUUUAACAGAGAGAAUGCCAGCUCUUCAAUGAAUCCCAAUCGUCCUGAUAGGUUUGGGGCGUCAAGUUCUCAGGCAUCUUCCAAUGAUAGUUUCAAAUAUUAUAGAAAUGAUCAUGACAAGCAUUAUCCUCAACAGACUUUUAAGAAGACACUUCCCUCUCUUCAUUCUCUUGGUUCUUCCAGAGCAGUCAAUUUAGUGGAGAAUGUUGGUGGCAGUCAGAUUCGUCAAUCCUAUGAAUCAUCUUCUCAAUUAUCUUGGAGAAGUCCAAAAGAAGCACCUGCCAUCUAUACAAAUGACCAUUCGAGCAGGGGUACUGGCAAUGAGCUGGUUGUCACUGAUAACAAGGGAAACAGAAUACUACCUCCAUCUUUGAUGCAUGGAAAAGCUGCUCAAGGUGUUUCAUAUGCAGGGCCAAGCAAUCCUCUCCAUCCUCCUGGGGUGGGUGAAGACAAAGCUGCAGGGACCGAUGAAAGGCUGAUUUAUGAAGCUGCUUUACAGGAUUUAAACCAGCCCAAGCAGGAAGCGACACUGCCUGAAGGUCUUCUAUCAGUUUCUCUGCUCAGGCACCAGAGGAUAGCAUUGGCUUGGAUGCUUCAAAAGGAGCUUGCUAGUGUACAUUGUCUGGGUGGAAUUCUUGCUGAUGAUCAGGGCCUUGGUAAGACUGUGUCAAUGAUUGCAAUUAUACAGAUACAGAAGCAUCUGCAGAAGAACACUGAAGCUAAAGAUGUGGGUGUUACAAAAGCUCAAGCCUUGAACUUGGACGACGAUGAUGAGCAUGCAGAUACCACUCAGGAAUCAAAACAAAGUUUUGAGCCUGAUGAUUCAAGUACUAAUAAGGAGUUUCGUAGAAAGAGGCCUGCUGCAGGAACAUUGGUGGUAUGCCCAGCUAGUGUUCUUCGACAGUGGGCCCGGGAGCUUGUUGAGAAGGUUACAGAGGAAGCGAGUCUCAGUGUACUGAUGUAUCAUGGAGGCAAUAGGACUAGGGAUCCUAUUGAAUUGGCAACAUAUGACGUCGUUUUGACGACGUAUGCUAUUGUUAUGAAUGAAGUUCCAAAACAACCAGUAGUGGAAGAGGAUGAUGAUGAACAUAAGAAUGGCGAAAGAUAUGGUCUUUCUGCUGGAUUUUCCUUUAAGAACAAGAAAAGCACACAUGGAAAGAAUAAGGGGAAGAAAACAAUGAAAGGAAUUAAUACAGUUGAUUUAGAGCCUGGUUGUGGUACACUGGCUAGAGUGAGUUGGUUUAGGGUGAUUUUGGACGAGGCUCAAACUAUAAAAAACCAUAGAACUCAAGUGGCUAGAGCCUGUUGUAGUCUUAGGGCAAAGAGAAGGUGGUGCUUAUCUGGAACACCUAUACAAAAUUCCAUUGAUGAGCUGUUCAGCUACUUCAGAUUCCUAAGAUACGAUCCUUAUGCAGACUACAAAACAUUUUGUAGUGGCGUCAAAUUCCCAAUAGCUAUGAACCCCGUACAAGGAUACAAGAAGCUUCAAGCAAUCUUGAGGGCCAUUAUGUUGCGCCGAACAAAAGGUACACUGAUUGAGGGCCAGCCAAUUAUAAACUUACCACCAAAAACUAUACAUUUGAAGAAGGUGACUUUCACUCCCGAGGAGCGUGAUUUCUACAACCGGCUUGAAGCAGCAUCACGUUCACAAUUCAAGGCAUAUGCUGCAGCUGGGACUGUGAGACAAAAUUAUGCAAACAUUUUGCUGAUGCUUCUACGUCUACGGCAGGCUUGUGAUCAUCCGCAACUUGUCAAAGGACAAAGUUCUGUAUCUAUUAAAAGAACAUCAACUGAGGAGGUGAAGAAGCUUCCCAAGGAAAUUCUUAUGGAAUUGCUGAAACUUCUAGAGACUGAAGCCAUCUGUCAAGGUUGUCGUGAUCCACCAGAAAAUGCAGUUGUCACACUAUGCAGGCAUGUGUUCUGCUAUCAAUGUGUAUCAGAGUAUUUGACUGGGGAAGACAAUACAUGUCCUGCUCCUGGAUGCAAAAAACAACUUAACACUGAUGCUGUCUUCUCAGAGGCUAUCCUUAAGAGAUGUACUUCAGAUAAUAUGGAUAAAGAUCCUAUGAAUCUGUCAGUGAUGGACGAUAAAUGUUUAAUGGGGAAGAAGUAUUAUUCCUCUAAAAUUAAAGCCUGUCUUGAAAUUCUAAAAUCAUUCUGUAAAUCAGGAGAUUCCAGCAUAGAUUCAGAUGGAGAAACUUUGUCUUUUGAAAACACAUACACAGAAACAGAUACAGUCCAACACACUGAAGCUCCAAUAAAAGCUAUUGUUUUUUCCCAGUGGACAGGCAUGCUAGACCUAGUUGAAAUGUCACUAAAGAGAUCUGGAAUACGGUAUGAAAGGCUUGAUGGCACUAUGAGUCUUGCUGCUAGAGAUAGGGGAGUCAAGGAAUUCAACACCAAUCCCAAGGUGACUGUUAUGAUAAUGUCCCUAAAAGCUGGAAACCUUGGUUUAAAUAUGGUAGCAGCUUGUCAUGUCAUCCUUUUGGAUCUCUGGUGGAACCCAACUACAGAAGAUCAGGCCAUUGAUCGAGCUCAUAGAAUAGGGCAGACCCGUCCUGUAACUGUGACACGGUUAACAAUUCAAGACACUGUUGAAGACAGGAUUUUGGCUCUCCAGGAAGACAAGAGAGCCAUGGUUGCGUCUGCUUUUGGUGAAGAUCAUGCUGGUGGCACCGCAAGUCGCCUUACUGUUGAAGAUCUACGAUACCUUUUUAGGCUCUAAGCAGAAAUCAAUUGGCUAACCUUCCAGAAAAAAAAAGAAGUAUUUUGUGUUAGGGACUUAGGAGUAGAUAUCUAAUGAAUUAUAUGAUCCGAGCUAUGGAUGGAUUGAUGAUGAUGGGCACUGUUGUAUUUCCGCAUGCAACAAAAACUACUAAGAAGUUUUUUUUUUUGGAUUUUCAGUUUGCAGAAAUGCAUGCCAUCUGCCUGUUUUUGCUUGCAUGUAAAUAUAUGUUGUUAUUGUAA